AAAUGUAUUGGGCGAGUCCAUUACCUGAAUAGACUUUCCCUGAACUGUUAGCUCGCUCACUUGCGCCAAAUUUGUUGUUGUGUGAGGACGUGCGUUGAAGGUAAGGAAUCAAAGCUCAGCCAAGCGACAUUAUAUUCUUUGUUUUGUCUUUGCUAUGCUAUUAUUACUGAUUUUAAACGAUGUUGGUUAGACAUUUGGCGCGGCAAACUAUGUAUUAUCAGCUGUUUAAUGACAUGCGGCAACCGGCGAAUUUUCUGUCCUCAUGGCAACCAUGUUGAAAUAGCAUGUCUUGAUAUUCAUAUAUUAUUUUGUUAUUUUUGUUUUAAACUGGCGAAUGUAGCAAUUGCUAGUGCGAGAAUUCGAGGAUCCAGAAAUAUUAACAGGUUGUUGUGCGGUAGCAGGUGGUUCCCUGAUCUAUAUAUAGAAUCUGUGCGAGGUUUUCGGCUUCGAGCUUGUGCGCGCAUUGAAACUUUUUGACAGUUCCUUCAAAUGUUCAAAAUAGUAUUAGUUUUUGUUACGCCUAAAUUUCUUGAGAAUGUUGUUUAAACUCUUUUAUUUUAUGGCAAAUGUUAAAUUCAUUGCUGUUUUUUUAGCCGACACUUUUCGAAGCUUGUGUUUUGAUAUCUCGUUGUAAAGUAAAUUCAUUUAUAAGUUCUCAUUGACUUUUAACCGUUUUUAGCCGGCAUGUUCCGGUAGGGAGCGUUGGUUCCACGCUGCUGGCUCGAUACCAUAUAUGGUAAAGAAAGCUGCCAUUGGAUGAGAAGCAUGCCCUUAUUAGUUGGUGGUGGGGGUAGGGUAGGCAUGGGAGGGGCAGGGCCUCCGUAGUAUAUUACUCAUAGGCCGGCUCCCGGCUUGAAUCAGUCUGGUGCUAGUUCUCGUACUGUGAAGAUAGCAGUGUUGCGCUGCUGCGUUUUUGUAUAUAUUACAUUUACCCGUAAACUCAACUACUAACCAUGUGCGACGAAGAAGUUGCUGCGCUCGUCGUUGACAAUGGAUCCGGAAUGUGCAAGGCUGGGUUUGCAGGCGAUGAUGCACCCAGGGCAGUUUUCCCCUCCAUUGUUGGCCGACCCAGGCAUCAGGGUGUGAUGGUCGGUAUGGGCCAGAAGGACAGCUAUGUCGGUGAUGAAGCUCAGUCAAAGAGAGGUAUUCUCACCCUGAAGUACCCCAUUGAGCACGGUAUUGUAACCAACUGGGAUGAUAUGGAAAAGAUCUGGCAUCACACCUUCUACAAUGAACUUCGAGUUGCCCCUGAGGAGCACCCUGUUCUCCUGACUGAAGCCCCUCUGAACCCUAAAGCCAACAGGGAAAAGAUGACCCAGAUCAUGUUUGAAACUUUCAACACUCCCGCCAUGUAUGUAGCUAUUCAGGCUGUCCUGUCACUGUAUGCUUCUGGUAGGACAACUGGUAUUGUGCUGGAUUCUGGAGAUGGUGUCUCACACACUGUACCUAUUUAUGAAGGUUAUGCUCUGCCUCAUGCCAUCCUCCGAUUGGAUCUGGCUGGUCGUGACUUGACCGAUUACCUCAUGAAGAUCCUUACUGAGCGUGGCUACAGCUUCACCACCACUGCUGAGCGAGAAAUCGUUCGUGAUAUCAAGGAAAAGCUUUGCUAUGUUGCUCUGGAUUUCGAGCAGGAAAUGGCCACUGCUGCUUCUUCCAGUUCUCUGGAGAAGUCUUAUGAGCUGCCUGACGGUCAGGUUAUUACUAUUGGUAACGAGAGAUUCCGUUGCCCUGAGGCUCUGUUCCAGCCUUCCUUCUUGGGAAUGGAAGCCUGUGGUAUCCAUGAGACCACCUACAACUCUAUCAUGAAGUGUGAUGUCGACAUCCGUAAGGAUCUGUAUGCCAACACUGUUCUGUCUGGUGGUACUACCAUGUACCCUGGCAUUGCUGAUAGGAUGCAGAAGGAAAUCACUGCCCUUGCUCCUUCCACCAUGAAGAUCAAGAUCAUUGCUCCUCCUGAGAGGAAGUACUCUGUAUGGAUCGGUGGAUCUAUCCUUGCUUCUCUGUCUACCUUCCAGCAAAUGUGGAUCUCCAAGCAGGAGUAUGAUGAAUCUGGACCAUCCAUUGUCCACAGGAAAUGCUUCUAAACAUUGCCCUUGUAUCUUCAAAUCACUUUUUUCUAUUGCUAGAAGUUUGCUACUUCUAUUUAAAGCUCCGCAUGCCAGCUGGAGUCGGAAGAGACUUUUUGUCUUUUGUUCUGUGUAAUUGAUGAACAAUUCUUAAGUCACCUGGUUGUAUUAUAAAAAAAAUUUAGAUUUGUGUUGAGUUAGACUGGGUUUCUCCAAGUAUUCAAAGGGUCUCUUUGAUGAAAGGCCUCUUGAUUAUGUAAGGCAUGCCAUUUGAACAGUUGUAAGAUAUUUGGUAAACUUUUGUAUCUGGAAAGUGUGUAAUUUUUUGUAAUACAUUUUUCAGACUUUUUCCAAUGUAAAAGUUGACAGUUUCCUUUCAUAUUGGUUCUAUUUUCAAGAACCUACCAAAGUGAUCACACAUGCACUAGGCCAAAGUAUUAAUUUAAUCCCAUGUGCAAGACUUAUCAUUUAAAGAUUAAAUAAAGACAUAAAAUUGUAAAUA